AUGGAAAUAAUUAAUGUUUUUUUGUUUCUAAUCAUUCUUUUCUUGGUAAAAGAUUUUGUUAAAAAAAAUAAGAAAAUUCAUACAAAAUCUCCAAGUGGACCAAUUGCAUUUCCUAUUCUUGGAAAUGUUGUUCAAAUUAGAUUUUGGGAAUUAUUCAAAAUUCAAGAACAUGAAUUAUUUGGUGGUUAUAGUAAAAAAUAUAAUGGUGUUGUAAGAGCAUGGUUUGGAGAAAGAUUAUUUUUUUUUGUUUCAAAUUAUGAUGUUGUAAAGUAUUUUCAAAAAGAUGAAAACUUCCAUAACAGACCAUCAGUUUUAGUUCCAGGUUGGAGAUAUGCUUCAAGUAAUGGGCUAGGUGUAAUGAGCUCAUCUGAUGACAAAUGGAAAAGAGCAAAAUCAAGUGUUUCGCAAUCAUUAAGAGUUCGUACAACUAAAAAAUUAAUGGAAGAAAAAGCAAUUGAAUUUAUUGAUUCACUUGAAAAAAUUUCAAAUAAUAAUGAAAUUUUUUAUCCAAAAGGACAUAUUCAAGGAUAUGCUUGUUCAAUGUUAUUCAAAUAUAUGUUUAAUCAAGAUUUAUCAGUUGAAAGUGGCAUGUCAAGAACUAUUGGUAAUGCAGUUGAACAUGUUUUUGGUAAUCUUUCAAAAUUAACUGCAUUUGAUUGUUUUGAAAUUUUCUCACCACUUUAUGAUUGGUUCUUUACAAGAAGAUUAAAAGGUUGCGAUAUCGUUAGACAAAUAAUCAGUAGUCAAAAUGAAAAUCAUUUAAAGUCAAUUGAUCCAAGUAAACCAAGAGAUUUAAUGGAUGAUUUGUUAAUUGAAUAUGGAUUAAAUGAAAUCACUAAAGAAGAUACAAUGCAAAUCAAUCAAAUUUGUUUUGAUAUUUUUGGACCAGCCGUUGGUACAGUUACAAUCACAAUGAAUUGGGUAAUUUUACAAUUAUGUAAUCGUCCAGAACUUCAAGAGAUUGCAUAUCAAGAAAUUAAAAAAGCUGUCAAAGAUGAUGAAUAUGUCAAUUUGAAUCAUAAACAAAAUGCCCCUUAUAUCGUUGCCUUUAUUAAAGAAACAAUGAGACUUUGUUCAAAUGGAUUUGGUUUACCAAGAACUGCUAAAAAUGAUCAAAUUUGUGGUGAUUUUUUCAUUCCAAAAGAUGCUAUUAUUUUUAUUAAUUAUUUAGAAAUUAGUCAAAAUGAAGAAAUCUUUAAAAAUGCCAAAGAAUUUAACCCAACUCGUUAUUUAGAUGAAUCACUUCCUGUACCAAAUAUUCACUUUGGUGUUGGUCAAAGAGCAUGUCCUGGUCGUUUUGUCGCAAUCGAUAAAAUGUUUCUUGGAAUUUCAAAUUUACUUUUAAAGUAUAAAUUAAAAACUCAAAAUGGUGAAAAAAUUGAUGAUUCAAUUCAAUUUAGUGUUUCUUUAAAAGCAAAAGAUUAUGGAAUAAAAUUAGAAAAGAGAAUUUAG